GCACCCCACCUGACGCUCCCUGCUGAAUAUUCUCGCUUCCUGUACUCCAACCUUCAGGGCAGCAUGGGUGUUCAUGUAGUGGCACGCCAGGCACCUCGAUCCACUGCCACUGUUUUUUCUCUUUCCUCUGCAUCUUCACCCAUUCUCCAGAUCAUCUCCUCCACCCUCGAUAACACCCUGCGUUUGGACUACCAGGCUGAAGGAAAACCACACAGUUUUGCCAGCUUUCACUUUCCGGGGACAAACCCUUUCUCCAGUGAAACAUGGGUACAGCUGGCUGUGAGCCUGGAGCCUGACAGACUGACAUUUUUUGUGGACUGUCAAGAAGCUGCAGUUUUACUGAUAGAAAGUGAGAACAAGAUCAACCUGGAGCUUCCUCAAGAUGUUCUCAUCACUCUUGGCAGCACAUUAGGAAAGAGAGACAGUAAAUUUAGUGGAUAUCUGAAGACAGCUAAACUUUCACUGAAAGCAUAUCCAAGGCGUCCAUGGAUCUGCAACAAUCUUACAGAGGUUGAGUCACUGGUGCCUUCCUAUCAGAUCAAAGUAGUCUGGCCCUUCUCCUCUGACAUCAACAAGGUAGAGGAAAAUGAUAGACUGAAGAAGCUAGAGAGGAGGAUGGGGGAGCUGGCUCGUGUGCUGGAUAUGGUCCAAAAUGAGAUUGACAAACUGCAGAAAGAUGAUAGACUGCAGAAGCUAGAGAAGAGGACAGAGGAGGUGGCUCGUGUGCUGGACAUAGUCAAAGAUGAGCCAUGUUGUCCUCAGCCAUGUCCUCCUCAGCCAUGUUGUCCUCAGCCAUGUUGUCCUCAGCCAUGUUGUCCUCAGCCAUGUCCUCCACAAAGAUGCACAGAAGCAAAAGUACCUGACUGUCAAACACCAGCAUGCAAUCCAUGUCCUCCACAGCCGCGUCCUCCCCAGGUGUGCCCUACUCAGAACUGCAAAGAGGAGAAUGUACCUGAUUGUCAAAGACGUGCAUGCGAUGGGGGUAACAGAGAGUGCUCUGCCUGUUCAGAAGAGAAUGUACCUGAAGUCUGUGAACAGCAACCCACAAGCUGUGUUGUGAAUGGGUAUGACUUCCCUAAUGGAGCUGUGAUCCCUGGUGGAGACCCUUGUCAAGAGUGUAGAUGUGUGGAUGGAAAUAUGGCAUGUUCACCUGUCCGCUGUCCUGCGUUGUCUUGUCACAACCCAGUGCGUCAUACUGGAGAGUGUUGUCCACAAUGUGAGCAGUGUAAAUUUCAGUCCAAAGUAUAUGUAAAUGGAGAGACGUUCACAUCCAAGAGACACCCCUGCCUCCAAUGCCACUGCUCUGCGGGUCAAGUGUCAUGUGAACACAUGGCUGCAUCAUGUCCUACACCACAGUGUACUCAUCCAGCUAAGCACAGAAGACAAUGUUGCCCCACAUGCAGUAAGUGUGAGUAUGAACGGAGGGUGUAUACUGAUGGGACAGCGUUCACCUCUGCUGGGAGUGGAUCCUGCCUGCAGUGCAGGUGUAAGGGUGGAAAUGUACUUUGCAGUGAAGAAAAGUGUCCUCCAGUCCACUGCUCCAACCCUGUUAGAGACCCACAUCAUUGCUGUCCAGUCUGCAAAAGUUGCAUAAUUGAUGGUGUCGAAUACGAAGAGGGCUCCAAAUGGCAGCCUGAGGGUCUGUGUUCCAGCUGCACUUGUGUGGAUGGAGAGACCUUAUGUACACCCACACCAUGCCCCCCCACCAACUGUCACCAUCCAACCACGAUUACUGGCUCCUGUUGUUCAGUGUGUGACAGCUGCACUUACAACCAGCAUGUGUAUAGUAACGGCCAGAGGUUUACACUCCCUGACCAUCCCUGUUACAUCUGCACUUGUCAGGAUGGCACUGUUCAGUGUGAGACACAACUUUGUCCCCCACUUAACUGCAGGGGCUCAUACACCCCACCUGGAGAAUGCUGCCCCAGAUGCCCGGGCAUCUAA